CACCGCGGAGUGCGAACGUAGCCGCAUAAAGCCCACACCACUCGUCGCUCCCGAUUGAUUAUGACACGAUCGCCCCGCAGUGCUAACUGAACUGCGGUCGGGACACCGCUAAAAUUAUGACUUUUGGACUGUUCGCCGGCGACGAAGAUAGUAGCAGAUAUCUCGUUCUAGAAGAGAAAGCUUUUAGGAUAGUGUCCAGGUACUGGGAGGUCUCCGGAGUUUCGUCCGCCGAGAGGCUGCGGUUCGGGAACAAACAGAGGCUCCUUGUUGCCCCAUUUGGACUGUUAUAAAUAUUUUUUAAGAAACUUAUGAAUUUGUUUUGGACUCAAACAAAUUAGUCUUUUAGUGUUUUUAAGUGCAAUAGGUGAACUGUGUUUUUUUGUGUUAAGUUUUAUUUGGGGUUUAUUUUUUUGGAUAAAUAAAAAUGGUGCCCCAACAAGUGUCGGAUGUGAGGUCCCUGUCACCAACGUCGAGUGGAGUACCCGUGUUCGGGUCCCAGCUCGUCGAUAAAAAUUCAUCAACCCCUUACACGGAUGCCACACAGACAAAGAAGAACAACCCAAACCACAUAAAGAGGCCGAUGAACGCGUUCAUGGUCUGGUCGCAGAUAGAGCGCAGGAAAAUAUGCGAGCAAACACCAGACAUGCACAAUGCAGAAAUAUCCAAGAACCUCGGCCGCGUGUGGAAGACGCUCAACGACGAGGAACGUCAACCCUUCAUCGAUGAGGCGGAGAGAUUGAGGCAGUUGCACAUGCGAGAAUACCCCGACUACAAGUACAGGCCCCGCAAGAAAACCGCAAAGUCGGAUAGGUCUGGACCUAAGACUGGAGGCGUGACUAAACCAAAACGCAAGCAACGCGCAGAUUCCAAUAACAACAGGGGUGUUACAAGGCGAAGACGGCCCGUUCCAUCGGUUCCCAGUGUACCAGUGGAAACACCCGCGCCUCCUCCACUGCCGGCUAGUCCAGCUGGCUCACCAGACUCCCCGGAGUCAGCUUGCUUCUACGAAGACCAUAAUCGUCGCGAGCAGGCGGACUUAACAGAUCUCUACUCCAUCACCGACCUGCUGCCGCUCCCUGCAGACUGCGAAGUAGACCUGGAGGCCCUCACGACGGACAUAGACUCGUUUGAGACCGCGUCCUCAUCAUCAGGGUCGCAUUUUGAGUUCUCGUGCACGCCCGACGUGUCGGACAUGCUCAGCGAGAUUGGCGUGGCGGGCGACUGGGUCGACCACACGUUCUCAUCGUAUCUGACGUCGUCUUAGAGCGGUGUUCGGGUCGCCACGGCCGCUGCCGGCCGGUUCCACUGAUCUCAUGCGGUCGGCCAACGGGCCGCCCCACGGAGGCCGACGACGCGGCGACCGCUCGCCGCUCCGCCUAGAGAGUGCCUAUCCAAAAUGACGUGUCGACAUUUGGAUUUAAUGUACAAAGUUAUUUAAUAAGGAUCGAGGGUGAAAAUUGUUUUGACAACCGACCUCACGGUCGCGUUCCUCUUCGGUUCGUACGGUUACUUUAAUCGUUUAGUUUUAAAGUUUCAUUUUCGAUAACGGCGACGCUUCGUCUAGGAAGCGGCAUCGGGUUUUAUAAACGUAGGCUGUGAGUUGGUUCUUGUUUUGUCGUUUUGCUUUCGUUAUUAAAUUUAUGGUUUCGACACAUAAUGGAGGUAAUUUCCAAACGACACGUCUCAGACGCAUCUCAGUAAAUAAAUCCGUCUGCUCUCCGUCGCCUGGUUAGUUAGCCAUGGGCCAGUCAGGUCGCCCGCCCCAAGCUCGCAUCGCGUUGUCGCGCCAUAUUCUUUGUACGUGUACAUUACACGACUUGGCUUCUAGUGCAUUCUAAAAUCGUGAGUUUGCAUUCUACGUCAUACCUUCUUUAUUAUUUUAUUAACAAUUGUACUUUUAAGGGUCGUCUUUUUUAUUUUGAAACGUCUUAGAUCGAAAUAUGUAUCAUUCUUCGAGUAAUAGAAAAAUAAGACUAGUUAUAGUCGUUUGUCUUGCGUUCGUAUAUACCUACUGUACGUAAGUUCACUUUAUACUUUGAUGCACACGUAGAUGAUAGUUAAACAUUAUUAUUUUACUAUUGGAAGCUGAUCGGUAUGUCAUUGGAAGAAUUUCGGUGUGCGGGAGUAAGUGUUUGUCUGGGUUGGAUGCGGUGGGCUCCUACCAAAUGUUUGUCAUCGGAGCGAGUCACGCGUACUCAUUCAAUUCUGUCGCUGCUGUAUGUAUGUAUAACAUGUCUCCUUCGCUACGCGUCUCUCGCUUCCCUCUCGCAAGAUUCCGAUGGUAGGGGUCCACUGUUCGUUUAUAAUAAAUGUUUCGAGUCGGUCUGUAAGUUAGGAUUCGUAAAAUAAGGUUAAUCUUUGUUCAGUGGUAAGGUAUGAAAUUAUAUUGUAUAGUAUGAUGGCACCUAUGGAUCGAUGUGAAGGGACACUUUCAAUUCUCGUUUCGUUACUCUUCUCGCUACAUUGACAACACAAUAACGUCUAUAGAAGAUACAUAUCAAUAAUUGGAAUGCGUUGUACCGCGGGACGGUGGGUUAUAAAGAAAUAUUAUAUUGGAUGGAUCAACAAAUUGUUAGUUUUCAACACAAAAUGUUUUGCUAAUUCAAACUCUGUGAUUUACUUUAUGGAUUUUCUAAAUUAUAAGGUUCUAGUGGAGACUGAUAUCGCAUAGAUUAGUUUUAGCAGCGCUAGCUUCUCUAACUCUUUUAUUUUUUCGUUAAUUUUUAAUACUGGGCAUAACAUUUUAUAUUGUGGAAAAAUACGUACAUAUUUUUGAUAUUUUGCAUUGCUGUGGAAUACGGAUUUCGGACAUUUUACAAAUUUUUCAUGAUUAUAAUAGUUAGUCAAAAAUAUUCAGAAUUAGAUAGCAAUAAAUAUCGAUCGGAUUAUCUUACUUUAGGCUAAACAAAUUGAAAUCACUUUCGAUCCCGCUUUCCACAGCAGAGCAUAAACUAAACAAAUUGUAUUUAAAGAAAAAAAAGAAAAUUUUUGCUAAAAAUCUGUCAAUUCAUUGAAAAUCGUGUCAGUUAAGGGGUAAUGUUUGAAGCAAUGUUACCUCAUUCAUUAUUAAGAUAGAUACCCUUCUACAUAAUAAUAUUAUACCUGUUUUCAAAUUGUAACAAUAUUUGUAGAUACUUCUGUGUCCCUAAAAGUAUAAGGGAUCCGUUGUGCUCUAAUAGGUAAGAAAGAAAAUGCUUUACCUAUAUUAUAUUCUUUAUAUAAUAUAUUAUAUAUGUAAAAAAGUUCAUGUAUUACUUAGUAAGUGUCUAUGGAAAUCCAUUUAAAUAAGGAAAAAUGCAUAAAAAGCGUUAUCUAUAUCUGUCUUGUGUGUUGUAGGGCGAUAAUGUAAGAAAGGACGAAAAAUAAAUUUGUGCCUAAUGAAAAAAAAAACUUGAAAAUUCUUGUAAUACUUAUUUUAGUGAUGCUCAAACAAGUAUUUUAAGCGUGUAGUGUUUAGACGCUGUUAAUGGACAAAACUUGUAUAAAAAAUAUUCUAAGAUUAUAUUAUUCGAUGCCAGAUUUGCAUUUUGUUUAUCAUUUUGCUUCACACGUCUUUCAUCUAAUGGGAUUCUUUAUUUUUAUCUGCAAUUGCCGUCAACGAAUUUUCGUGUCACCUUUCACAGACGUUGUUUUGAGAUCUUUCAGAAUAUUUAAUUUGGUUAGAAUUCAUUUCGUUGUGGGGUAUGAUUUUGAGUUUAUCAGUACUGAGCGUUAAAUGGUUUGUUUUAUGAUGUUCAUUGGUUGUUCAAAAAUGUUCUUAUAACUUUGAAUUGUGCAUUUUUCGUUAGUUAUACGUGACGGUAUCUACCCAAAAUGAGGAAUUUCAUUAGAUAUUUUGACUGCGCAUCCAGUCCCUUCGUAUUUUGAAGUUUGACAAUAAAAUGUCAUUUCUUUCUGCUUUUCAUCCCUUAGUUUUUACUGCGGACUUCCUUAUUGCGUUUGUUUACAAUGUUGCUAUAUUCGUCUUCAUUUUCAUCUCCUCCCGUAUAUAUAAAGGGGUUAUAAUCAAUAAAUCAACGAUUGAAAGCAAUAUUUGUGUCUACAUUAAGAGACAUCUCGCUCAAAUUAGUAUAAUUCUCUUCUACUAAUAAAAAUUGUAAAUUUCCAAACCAUAGACAUAGCAUAAGAUAUUCAAGUACCAUUUUAAAUUGUAAUUCAAUAUAUCAUUGAACAUUUUCCGAUACAAAGCCGCUGUGCUUCGAAUGAAAGUUAAUUUACGCAUUUUUUACUUGUGUGUGAUUUAUAAAAAGAAACAAUUUACUUUUUGUUCGAAACGGGGCGAUUCUCGUAAUCCUGAUCAUUUCUAAAGUUGUUCAUGUUUUAAUUCUGCAAGCAAAGCCGCUGUACAAAACCUGUAAAUAUGAUUUUUAUUAGUGGGGAGUUGUCAAAACCCCAAGAGUAUUUUAUAAUGCAACAUCGAAUUUAAAAUGUUGUAAAUUAGCGCUUCUCUUUCAAUAAUUAUUGGAAUUAUCAGGGUUUAAUAGUUUUUCAUUUACGUAUUUUAGAUGUAUAAAUGUCCCUAAGAUUAUCAUUGUCUUCCUUGGACAAUGUUCUUCAAAAUUCUUUGCUUAAGGCUUUCUCUCUUCGUAGCCUUAAAGUUCUUUUAAUGAAUACCAUGGAAGUAUAUUUUAAUCUCAGGUAUGUAAGUAAGUAUUGAAAAAAAAAAUGUUAAUAAUAAUGAAGUCAAAAUAAAGCGACACUGUGACAAAAAAUUAGAGGGUAUAUACACGUCUUAAGUAAAAAUAUCAUAAAGGACGUAGUUGUUGUAGGUUAUAUUAUUAUAUAUGUAAUUAUAUAUUAUGUAUACUUAUAUAUAAGUACGUAUGUCACGGUCAUUUAUAAAGAACUAUGUACUUUACGGUGUGGCGAAAUGUUUGGUCGCGAUUAAUCUAUUUGGUUGUCGCAAUGACCUUGUACUUUGACCGUGACAUACGCUAUAAAUAUUGUUGUGUAUCAAUUUAUCGAGAUCGCAUGAAAUUAAGCUUAAAAUCUCGCUUUGACGACUAGAUGUAUAUAACCUGGCGGACGGACAUAUUGCGAAGGAGUAAUUCACUUGUAUUAUAAGAAUUGGUUAUUGUCUAUAAAUGCGAUUAAAAUGUUAGUGAAAUCAUUCACAGAACUGAAAAGUUGAUAUUCUCGUUACGUUGUUUAAAAAAAUAAUUGAUCGUAAUUAUAUCUCUGUAUUAUAUGUAUCUACGCUAUUGUUGAUUUAUUGUAAGCAUAUUCUAUCUUAGUACCUCUCCUUCGGUUUCGAAACAAAUGGGAAGGUUACAAUUAUAUUCUAGGACUUCCUCUAGACCAGAACCAGGCCUUUGUAAAUAUAUCUUGUACAUAGCAACAAAAUGGAGACGAAAGAAAUCUGGUUGAUCCUCUUCGAUAUUGCGUCCACAUUUGAAACUAUAGAUGCGAGCAGAUGUACAACAUCGUUGUUUAUUUGUUCGUCAUGAAGAUACUGCCACUGGUUGCAACCUAGAGUAGUACGUCCUGUACCUGUUUGCUUCGAAAUAUUAUAUCAAGACACAACGAAUCUUCUGUUCCCUUCUUAAGUCCUCUCGCACUUCAUUAAUAUUAAAUAUAAAGUAAUUGGUGUCUGUAACACGAUGUAAACGAUAUAUUAUCACCAGACAGUAGUACACAUAUAUUCGUUGUUAUAGUAGAGUGUGUCAUUAUUAUUGGUAACUUUAAUAAUUAUUGAUAAUUAACAAGAAUUAAGAACAAAAAUAACGAAAAAUUUCGCACAACAUGAAUCAAGGAACUAACGUAAGAGUAAAGUGAAUAGUUUUAAAACAUUAUGAUUAAGGGAAUGUUACUGUAAGACGCGAACUUUGUGUUAACGAAUUCUGUAAACCCUGGGGGAUAUACCUGCUCUGUAUACAUAAUUAUAUAAGUAUGUAUUUUAAAAACAAUCGGCGAGGUAGUUGCGCCUGCGGUUGUCUCUGUCCUCAAUCGUUGAAAGUUUCAUGUUGAUUUACUGUAUAUAAUUACUUUGAACAAAUUAGGAACAAAAAAUGGUCCAUUAAAUUUUAACAAAUAAUAUUAAGGUAGAUGCAUGUAUACAUUUGGGAUAUAUGCUUUGGUGUACAAUGCCAAACUUAAUACGAUGCUAGAAAGCAUGGCUUUAACAAAUAUCGCUAAGUAUUGGACUGAUGUUUUCAUUUCCCAGCUUUCGCCAUUGGACUUGUAAAUACGUUGGCCAUUAUCCAGAGACAUUCUAGUCUGAUUAGACGAACUUCCUCAUCAAUGGCCCCUGAUACCUGAUUAUUAGUUUGUGUUAUUCAAUUUAUACCAAAAACUAUGAAGCUCUUUCAACCCUGUUACCGAUGGAUCUCUUUGUGUUGUAGCGAUAAACGUUCGGCUUACCAAAAAUUGGAAACUCUUGUUUUCAACUUGUUCUUGUAACAUUGGUUUUAAAUAUUGUACAUAUUAGAUCAGUUUGGUUUAUGUUUAAGUAAUCCACCCUAAACGGGUACAUUUAUUCAUCUUUGUCCAAUAAUUUAGGAUUUGUAUUAUGUUUAAGUUUUCAUGCAAGACAUAUGUUUAACAUCGUUUUCCCCUCGUCCGUUGUAUAAAUUAUUGUCACUGUAUCUUUAGGUAUAUUAUACAUAAAAUGUAUGAGUAGUCUUUUAAAUGAUAAGUACGAUUAAUAAUAAUGUAGUUAUUGAUUAAUACAUAAGACAAACUGUGUAAAUUUUGUAUUUGUAAUUUGUUUCAAUGAACAUAUAAUUAUUAUAUAUCGUAAAGUAAAACAUCCAGUUU